UGCGAGGGAGAUGCGGCCCCACGGUACCAGCCCGGCCGGGGGUUUCCUGGCAGGCUGAUGGACACUGGCUGAGCUGCAGGAGCCCCCUGCAUGACGGCGGUGGCUGUGGACGUCGUGCAGUGAGCUGGGAGCAAGAUGAAUACUUCGGUUCUCGCCCCCCUGGGAAAUAUUUCCAGUCAUCUGAAUUUUUCGGAGAGGAACUCGCAGAUCCUGCAGUUUGAGGAUGAGGAUUGCCACGUACCUUUGGCCAUGGUCUUCACUUUGGCCUUGGCCUAUGGGACCGUGAUAAUUCUGGGAGUCUCUGGGAAUCUGGCCUUGAUCAUCAUUAUUUUAAAACAAAAGGAGAUGCGCAAUGUUACCAACAUCCUCAUUGUCAACCUGUCCUUUUCUGAUCUUCUAGUGACCAUCAUGUGUCUUCCCUUCACCUUUGUGUAUACUUUAAUGGACCACUGGAUUUUUGGGGAGGCCAUGUGCAAACUGAAUCCUUUCGUGCAGUGUGCCUCAAUCACCGUCUCGGUCUUUUCCUUAGUCCUCAUUGCUAUCGAACGCCAUCAGCUGAUCAUCAAUCCCCGUGGCUGGAGGCCGAACAACAGACAUGCCUACCUGGGGAUUGCUGCCAUAUGGAUUUUAGCCAUGGCUUCCUCUUUGCCUUUCCUGAUCUACCACGUGUUAACAGAUGAACCCUUCAGAAACAUAACAUUUGAUGAAUAUAAGGACAAAUAUGUGUGUUUGGACCUGUUCCCCUUGGACACUGCCAGGCUUUCUUAUACCACGACGCUUUUGGUGAUUCAGUACUUUGGACCGCUUUGUUUUAUAUUUAUUUGCUACUUAAAGAUAUACAUACGAUUAAAAAAAAGGAACAACAUGAUGGACAAGAUGAGAGACAGUAAGUACAGGUCAUCUGAAACCAAAAGGAUCAACAUCAUGCUGAUCUCAAUAGUGGUCGCAUUUGCAGUUUGCUGGCUGCCUCUCACCAUCUUCAAUAUCGUGUUUGAUUGGAAUCACGAAAUUCUGCCUGUCGCUACCUGCAGCCACAACCUUUUGUUCCUGAUUUGCCACCUCACCGCCAUGAUCUCUACCUGCGUGAACCCCAUCUUCUAUGGGUUUCUCAAUAAGAACUUCCAAAGGGACUUGCAGUUUUUAUUUCAUUUUUGUCACCUCCGUUCCCGUGAGGAGGAUUAUGAAACUAUAGCCAUGUCCACCAUGCACACAGAUGUUUCAAAAACCUCUUUAAAACAGGCAAGCCCAGUUGCAUUUAAAAAAAUUAAUAGUGAUGAUGAUGACAAAAUAUAAAGUAGUAAUAAAAAUUCUACACCAAACUGCUGGAAGUUUGAUCAGAGGUGAAACAUGUCCAAGGGCAAGCACAAUCACGUAGCAAGUACAAAAUGGGUAAUGUUUUUCUUCUUUUUCCAAGGAACUUUGAUUGUUGUCACUUUGAAAUUAUACACUGUGCAUUUUUGCCCCUUUUACUGCUUUAAUGCGCACAGCAGUUACAUCUGAAUCUUAUUAUAAGACAUAGUUCGACCUGCUACUACCUAUGGUUUUCAUCAGCUGGCUUUUGUUCUCUUUUCUUUGUACAGUCAUGUGCUUUAGCACAAAGAUAUAUUUAUUGAUUUUUUUUUUUUUUUUUUUUCCAGGGAAGUAGUUUUCAGGAGUGUCCCCCUAAGACCAUUAGAAACAGUAUGAACCACAGGGAGGCUGUCACUACAGAGGACACCCUUCCCAGCAUGAAAUUAGGACAUUGAAAAGUUGUGGGUUUUUUAAUCUGGCUUUUGAUCGAUGUUAAAAUCCUGUAAAAUCAGUGUAGGCAUGCAGGACAUAAUUCUGUGAAGCCUGUAGAAUAUGUUAAAUGGGGACAUGCAUUUCUCUCAUUCAGAGAGGCAAUUCAGGCUGUAAUCACGUAGGUUCAAAGACAGGAUUAAGAGAGAAACGCUGUUCUCAUUUACAAGAAUAAAACCCCACAGUAAUUCCACACAGCACUAUGGGAUAACUCUGGUGUUUUGCCACAGCAAAUGAAAGCACAAAUGGGCCUUCAGUCCCAACUGAUUAUAGCUGAUUUUAAUAAUACAGAUUUUUUAAUUUAAAAAACCCAAACCCCAUUUUCAUCUGCCAUCACUGGCAGGAGUUAGUGUUGCUGGGAUGAAAUGUACUGUCCGUCCCCAUCCCAAGCCUAUGAACCAUGUAAAUUCUCCUUGAGCCCUAUGUCCUGAAUCUAAAGGGAGAUGGGUCUGUUCACUGUCUGUACAAGGUGCAAUUCCAUCCUCACAGGUGACAGUGAAAAUCGGGGCUGGCAUUAAAAAAAUAAGCUUUAGCUACCUGAUUCUUUGAAUAACAAUUAGUGCUGAUCUAUAUAACUUAUGUAUAGCUUCAUGAUAUUCUAUGUUCAGAUGCAACAGUAUAAACCUGGAUUAUCUCCAAGAAUGGAUGGUUUAAUCAAGACGUGCAAAUUUUAAAAGGAGGAGAUGGACAUAGUCUGGGUGUAACUGGUAUGUUUAGCUUCCGCACUCACAGUUUCCACAGUUCGCUGAAGCGCAGAAAUAUUUGCCCAAUAUACACAAUAGAGCUCUGUGUGUUAUUGCUUAAAAUAUGUAUCCUCUAAUUACACAAAAUAUACAUGACUAGAUCCCCAGCUGAGGGAAACCCACAUAACUUGACUGCUGUAAAUGAAACUACAACAAUAUCAGCCAGCUGAGUUUCUGUGUUAUACAGUGUACUUUGCUGUAUAAUCAAUGCCUUUUUGAAUAAUCAGCUUUUUAAAAUACAAUAUAGACCCUGCUUUCUUUUAGCAAGGUCACUUUAAACCAUUCUGGCAGAGAAGAGGGUCUAUAUAAUGGAUAUAACUGUAAAUGUAGCAUACAUGGAAAUCAGACCUGAUAGCUUUCUGAGCAAAAAGAUCUCAGGAUGUGAUGGUGAAUUUAAUGUUCUAAAUCUGGCAUGGAUAAAUGCCUAAGAAAUGAAAAUUAUUUGGUUUGCCGCUAUUUAAAAGUAAAAAAAACUGUGCCUUGUGCUGUCUUAUAAAUAGUGUUGAAUUUUAAAGUAGCAAUGUGUUCUUAUGCAUUAUAAUUCCAUGUAUUCCUCUACUGGCAGAUAAUUUAAUUAAAAAGGAGAUUUCUGCGGCUGAGAAAAGAGAGGGAAUGUAGAAAAUGAAUUAUAAGACAGAACUUUCUUUCAGAGGUUUGCCCUUUUGUAUUUUAUGAGAUUUCUCUUUUCUUUGUGGUUCUCUAUGGAGUGUGUUGCUAAUAAUUUGACAAGAGUCUGCUGAAAUUAUUCCCGUCACUUUACGAUAAUUUUCAUAUGCUAAGUGGUGUGUAUUUUUGCAAAGAGAUACAAUGUAGAAACCCAGCCACGCUUUAGAAAAAAAAUCACAGUGAAUGUUAUGUUUUUUCCCAUUUUUGAAAAAAAAAAACUUUCUUCCAAUCCAGUGGAAGAAGAAAAUGGAACUAUUUGAGAAAGUUUCCUGUUAGUUUGCUGGAAAUUUUUGAUCAGGCUGAAUUAGAUGUUUACACAGAGUAGGUGUUAGAGCAACUUUAGAGGAACCUGCUGGUGCACAGAGACCUAAAACUGGUGUGUCCUAAGAUUUGGAGGUCUCCAGUGGGAUAGCAACAUAAUUCCUCCAAUGUCAGCCUUUCUCCUGCCUAAGGUACGGUCUGAAACCAUAUAGCCCAUCUGAUACUGUCCCAUACUGUCUCCUGAUACUGUCUCAGGUGUUUUUUGCCUACCAAUGCCUGAUAAACAAGGUGAAGUAUAAGUAGGAGCAUUCCUUUGUCUCAUCCGUGUUAAGCUCAGGAGCCAUUUUUCUGCUACACUGCUGUCCUAGGAUCAGUCCUAGAUCAGGCUUUUCUCUUAUAUUUGCUCACUUGCCUGCAAGAAGUCUUUCUGAGCCUCUGUUAAGGAUGCAGGCUAACACAUUGUUGUACAAAUAGCACGGCGGAUGCUGCCUGAAACAACAGUGGAAAUGAACACAGUGUAAAGAGUGUUCAGCAGGAAAACACAUUUGGAGAAUUUCAGAAGCAAAUUUGUUGCUCUUCUGAAGAAUUUGUUAUGAGGACAAAGAUAAAAGUCUCUCCGAGGUGUUGACCUGACAUCUGCAGGGCAUAGGUGACACCUACUGAGAGCAGUAUUUCUGUCUUUGGUUUCAUGACUUGACACUGGAGUCCUCAAAAGCCACUGGUGACUUACCCCUCCUGACACCUGGCUACAACACUAAACCUCUUUCAUUUUCAGAGCUCCAGCAUGUCUUCUCAUCCUUCUAUGCUAAAUUUCUUUACAGGGUAAGCUGUCAGGUUUCUCUAUCAUUUCUCAGUCAUUCUGGUUUCCUAUUUGUUCCUCCUUUAUGCUGUUUUGUCCAUCUCCCCACACUUCAGCACAUGCUGAUUCCUAUCUCAAAAUCCUGAAGAUCCUCCUUAUUCUUUCAGACUGGUAGAAAAGUUUUACUGACAGAAGAACAGGUCAGUGAGGGAUCUAUAAUGUAUCUUACAUGUAUCUUAUGUGCAAUACAUUUCAUGUCAAAUCUACAGCCUUACAUGACAAAUAUAACUAUUUAAUAAACAUUAAUAUCUACUUAAUUUGUCUGUUAUUUUAUCGUCUUAAACUUCACUUUUAUCCACCACAGACAGUUAAAGCUUCUGCAUAAUCUAGAUGCACCAGCAUAUUUGUAUGUCAUCUUAAUAAAUAUUUCUGUGUUCCCACAUUGCUUUUUUUCAACAUAUCUCUGGUUGUGUCAUUGUUACUGUGUAUGGUAAUCCACAACUUUUACAUCUUCCUUAAAAAAAAAGAAAUAAUAAUAAAUGUAGCAAUUAAUUGACAAAAAUACCUGAUUUUGGAAGGCUAGGAAAAAGAUGGAUAUUUUACCAAAAAAAAGAAUUAAAAAAAGAAAAGCAAUCGACCCUGUUUUUUCCACCUCGUAAAGAAAUCAGAUUUAAAUCAGGAAAAGGAAUUAACACAAAGGACCCCCCAGGUCACUUGAGCUGGUGCUGACUGCAUCUCAUCACUGAUAAAGGCGUGAAGGCCUAAGUGUUCACAUACUCUGACUCUGCUGUCUUGCAGUACAAUACCAGCUAUUAUUAAUGGAUCCUAAAAGCAAAGUUUGAUACUGAUUCAUAUUCAGACUAUAAAUCAGCAUAUGUUUAAAUCCAGGCCUGUUCAUCAGAUUCUGAUGCUGACCUCAGGAAAAUGUUCUGAGAUCAAUGAAACUGGAGAGUUUUCUUAAUCAUUUGCCUAGGCAGUCGACUGAAUAAAAGUGCACUGCUGGCUGGCAGCUCACACUCUUUCCUAAAAAUCAUAUCUUGGUUAUCAGGUUAUAGAAAUAAAUUACUGGCAUAUAGUUU